GUGUGUUGGUGUUAGUUUAUCCGAUACCUUGUCAAUUGGUAUAUUCACUAUUAUGGCUAAAAGUCUUUUCAAUCGCGUUACAGGGAAGAAAGAGCAGGCAUUGACGGAUGAAGUUGAAUCGCUGAGAGAACAGAUGGUUUGCAACGAACGCCAUAUUUCUAAUCUGCAGCGAAUAUUGUCAAGCAUCCAUGAGUUGGCAAUUACACACAGCAUACAACCGGGGGAAGCCGGAACCAACGGUGCAUUGAAAAUUGAUCAGAUAAAAGAAAUGACUUCUGCCAAAUGUUUGAAGCUUGAAAGUGAUGACGAUGAAGGCCUUGUAGAAGCAGCUCUGCUAGCUCUGCGUGAGCGCAGAGGGCUACUGUUUGACAGCGUAAGUGAUAUUAAAGGCACAGGUCUCUACAAACAAAUAGUCCCAGCUGUCCAUCGGAUACUGUUUAUUAUCGGUGACGUGGUCGUCGAAACGUUAAUGACUGAAAUUGGACUUCAUAAUGUUUUACAAAGAUACUGUGGCCCGAAAGAUAUAUUGAACAUGCUUAAUUUGAUCAAUAUAAUGCUAACGUGGAUCCACCAAAACCCAACGUUUACUGCCGCUAUGUUUCUUGGAUAUGUUCAGAUAAUUGAGAACAGUUUAAAACAAGCGAAACAAGAAAAUGACCAAGAAGGUUCGAAUAGCCCUGCAUCAAGUCCUCGGUCGACUGCAUCAAGUCCCCGCUCGCCAAGACAGGAGCCAGAUCUUUUAUGUAAAGAAACAAACUUGAUUGCGAAGGAAAAUCACAGAAUGCUUAAAGAAUUAUUGAGCAUAAAUAGGGAGAGACAACAGAAUCGAAAUAAUGGCCAAAACGCGUAAACGCCUCUGGUUGAUGUAAUAGACUAUGGAAAAGACGAAGUGACUCCAUAGGCGAUCGGUUGCAGGUUUUUAGUGGGAUAAAAAUUAUAUAUUUUACCAAAAUAAUCAUUUUUUAGAUAAAUAUUGUGAUUGGAAACUUACUGAAUUGUAGUUGCAAAUGUGAAUUAUGUCGAUGUUUUAUGAAUUACAAUGCGAAAAUCGGUAUACAUGAAAAGAAACAAAGGUACAGCAGUGACAAUGGCCCUUAUGUUAUCAAGAUUCCUAAACAAAGUCGUCCGUCCAAGGACUCUGUUACCGGUGACGUGUCAAUAAAUGAUAUUCUUAAUAAGGCGAACUCAGUGCUGUUUAGUGUUGAAAAUUUAGAAAACAGCACAUUUUUUACAUAGUCCUAGUUUUAGUAGAAGUACUAACGGGAAUUUCAAAAGUGAAACAGGUAGUGGAGGUAACAUAACAUAAAGGCGGAAAGCAGUGAACCAACUAUUUGUUACGUUAAGAAGACAGUGGUCGAUUAAAGAUGAGAAUUAAUGUCAAUUAGAAGCGAAUGGAAUGGAGAAUUUUUUAAGGAUUGUCCAAACAAGAAGGACAUGAUACGGCUGUGGGCGAUGGAUGAGGAAAGAGCCAACAUGGUGGAAGAGCGGGUAUAACGCCAGGAACAUAAGGUGGAUGGCAAAAUAAGAACAUUUUUGCCAACUGCAAUUACUACAAAGAAACGUGAUAAAUCAUGUUCAUCUUAUUCAGAUUAUUUGGUUAUGCAGUUGGACUGAAGCGAGGGGAAGUCGCCAAUUUAGUUAGUUUAUUUGUUGAUGACCUUGAUCUUUACCUACAAGAUAACAUUAACUCUGGACAGAAUAUGAUCUUAUUAACUGAUCUUUUUACUGCAAUUCGUGGGGUGGGGUGGCUUUAUGUUUACACUGCAAAAAAUACACGAUAUAAUGGUAUUUCGAAAGAGAGAUGCAUCAAAAGAAAACAAAAUAUACUCCUAAAACGAUAUGAUAUUAAAGUGCUUGAAAACUUUAACUCUUAAAUUAUUUAGGCGCAGUUUUUAAUUAUACUAGACGUUUUUAAAGUAACAUAAGAACCUCUGGUUGGUGAAGCUCUUAAGGCCAUAAGAACAUUAUUGUUUAAAUGCAAUGACUUUAACAUAAAACCAAAACUAUUCAGGCAUUUGUUUUACUUUAUUGUGGGUUGUAUAUUAAAUUUUGUUUCAGACGUAUGGGAUUUCACCAAUUCAGAUGAUAUUGAACGCAUACAUUUAAAAAUUUUCAAUCGAUUGCUUAACGUUAAACCUAAUACGUGCAAUGUUGCUAUUUAUGAAGAAUACGGAGAAUAUCAAUUGUAUGUAAAAAGUUUGUUUAUUCUAAAAUAUUGAUAUCAAUUUUUACAGAACUAAAAGAACAUAAUGCAAAUCGUUUACGAAUAAGCUUUAAACAAUUGAAAAGAAGAUAUACAUAAAUUGGGUUUAAAAUGUCAAGAACAUCCUAAAUAAUUUUUCAUUUGGUUUUUAAUUGAGAAUCCUAAUGUUGUGCGAGUAUAAAGUUUUGUUAGCGAGUUAAAAUGUAGACUUGUUGCCAAUAUUAAAGAAGAAGGUUAUGGCACAAUGAAUAACAGCUCCGUUUAAGAUAUGUAUCAAGUUUAUAAAGACUCGAUGGAAUAUGAAGACUUACUUUCUGUGCUUAUAUUUUUUGUAAUAUUGACAGUCCGUAAACACCUUUUGAGAUUCCCAACUUGCAGAUAUGCUCAGAAUAGCAUUCCACAAAAUGAGUGUUAUCGUGUAUCUUGUAAUGACUUUGAUUAAUAAGACGCAUACCAUUUAUAUGUAUAUGCCGCUGCUGCACUUAUCAAAAACUAUACUAUGCGUAUAUUUUAUGUUAACCCUUCUGUAUAUAAAUUCCAAAAGAUAUUAGUUUCAUGUGACAAAUCGUUAAUUGAUAUUGUAUGUAAAUAUAUCAAGCUGUUGCAAUAAAAAAAUAUGACCCUAAAUUAUACUGUUUCGUAAAUUCCAUUACCGCCUCGAGAACACAUAUGUUUUUCUGUGUUUGUACUUGUAUUCUUCAAUGACUUAUGUUAUAUAAUGUUAUAGUCGUAUACGUAUUUAAGUAAAAUAGUGUGUAUCUUUAAUGCGAUUUAUUGAUAUAAAGCUGAAUUAACAGUCUGUCUUUCUCUCAAUCAGUCGAACUGUCUUUAUGACUGCCUUUUUUGUAUUGUAAUGUCUUUUAACAUCUUGUCUUGGCAAGUACCAAUAGCAUGACAUUCUAUUCGGGAAGCUAGAGUUAAUGGGUGUUCGGUCAAUUCCGUGGUUUAAGUCAUACCUGAUGGACAGAAGCCGAGUAGUAAACAUAGGUAAAACAACUUAUACCACUCUUCCAGUCACCUGUGUGGUGCCCCAGGGUAGUAUACUUGGCACCCUGCUUUUUUAUGUUACGUUAAUGACAUGGUCACUAGCAUUAAUAAUGAUUGUAAACUUAUAUUGUAUGCUGAUGACAACACAAUAUUGUUUAGCCAUAAGGACCCAGAUUUUAUAUCUGCCAAACUUGGUAAAGUUUAAGAAAAUUGCUCGGACUGUCUGGUAGAUAAUAAGUUAUCCUUGUACUUGGGGAAAACUGAAUAUAUUCUUUUCGGCCCAAAACGAAAUUUAAGUAAACACGAGUCUACACAAGUCACUUGUAAUGGUCAUAAGAUUAAUAGUACUACACAAGUUAAGUACUUAGGCCUUCCAGUCGAUUGUUUUUUAUCAGGUGAAGCUAUUGUACAAAACAUUAUCUCUAAGGUCAAUGGUAAACUUAAAUUUUUGUAUAGACAUAAUAAUUGUUUGGAUUUUAACACACGUAAAUUGUUAUCAUCUGCACUUUUACAGUGUCACUUCGAUUAUUCUUGUUCAUCCCGGUACGUAGGUCUAAAUAAAGGUCUAAAAUCUAAACUCCAAAUUCUCCAGAACAAUAUGAUCAGAUUUAUAAAAGGUUACUCUCCAUGACAUUCUGUUACUUGGCAGGACUAUGUUCAUCUGAAUAUGUUAAAUGUUAGCUAUAUAGUAAAACAGCUAAGGCUUAAUCACAUGCAUAAAGUCUAUUAUCAGACAUGUCCUUCAUAUCUUAGGGAAAACUUUGUUAAUAGCUCCAGAGCAUCCAAGCAAUUUAAUUUUAUUUUACCUAGUGUCCAUAAUACUUCUUGUAAACAUACAUUCUUCUAUACUGGACCAAGAGACUGGAACUCUCUCCCUGACAAUAUUAAAAGUUAAAAAAACAUUACCAGGUUCAAACAAUUAGUGAAAAAGGACCUUCUUGAACAACAAGUAUCAGAAAGUAAAUGUGACUUUUUAUUUUUCUAAUAGCCAUGUUGCAACAAUCAUCUGUGAAAAUUCAUGUUAAAUUGUGAUAUUGUACAUAAUAAGAUAAAUGCAAACUCUUAAU